GCAACCUGCCAGACACAGAAAGUCACCUCCCUCUCUCCCUGUCCCACUCUCACUCUCCCUCUGUGCUCUACCUAAACAAAUUACUCCCUAUCUCUGCGAGCGUGCUGUGCAGUUGUGUCGGCGCGUGGAAGCCUGUGGGACGAGCUGCUUUAAAAUGAGAAAGGAGGGCAGGUUAACUCGGUGGAUCGGAUGGACUGUGGUUGUGGCAGCUUUGUUGUUGCUUGGUUUCAUCAUAGGCUGGUUUGCAAAACCCACACAUCCAAACACUCCAAACGAUACUCCUUCCGGCAAGUAUCUACGGGAGUUUCUGGAUGAAAUGCGGCCAGAGCAGAUCAGAGAGCAUCUCAGGAAAUUUACACGACUCCCACAUCUCGCCGGUACAGAGCAGAAUUUGAAAUAUGCAGAGCAGAUCAUGAAAGAUUGGAAGGAGUACGGCCUGGACUCAGUGGAGAUGGUGCCCUAUGACGUCCUGCUGUCCUAUCCCAACAAAUCACAGCCGAAUUACAUCUCGAUAAUUGAUCAGCUUGGCAGUGAGGUUUUUAACACUUCCUUGGCUGAGCCUGUUCCUGAGGGUUAUGAAGAUGUGUCUAACAUCGUGCCACCAUACAGCGCCUUCUCUCCCAAAGGACAACCUGAGGGGGAUUUGGUGUAUGUGAACUAUGGUCGAACAGAAGACUUCUUCCAGUUAGAGAGAGACAUGCGGGUCAAUGCUACUGGGAGGAUUGUCAUCGUCAGAUAUGGGAAAAUAUUCAGAGGCAAUAAGGUGAAAAAUGCCAUGUUAGCAGGAGCAAAGGGGAUCAUUAUGUUCUCAGACCCAGCCGAUUACUGGGCUGCCGGAGUCCAGCCAUAUCCUGAUGGUUGGAACCUACCCGGUGGAGGAGCUCAGAGAGGAAAUGUUCUCAACCUGAAUGGAGCAGGAGACCCACUCACACCAGGGUACCCAGCUAAAGAAUAUACCUAUAGGUUAAGUCUUGAGGAUGGAGUAGGUCUUCCCAAGAUUCCUGUGCAUCCAAUCGGCUUCCAUGAUGCAAUCAACCUGCUGAAGAACAUGGGAGGACCGAUUCCACCCAACAACUGGAAAGGAGCUCUGAACAUCUCCUACAGGAUCGGGCCAGGAUUUACGGAUGACUUCAAAAGCCAGUAAGUGA